AUGCCCGUCCCUUCGACCUUCAAAGCAGCCACCUUCUCAGCUCCAAAUGUUCGCCACACCGUCACUGAUGUGUCCCUCCCAGCCCUGAAGCCUGGCGAGGUUGCCAUCAAGGUCACGGCCACCGCAAUCAACCCCGUUGACUGGAAGGUGCAUGAGACUGGCGUAUUCCUGCCCGGGUACCCAGCUGUCCUUGGCUCCGACGCAGCUGGUGAAAUAGCUGCCGUGGGGCCUGAUGUUGAGGGCUUCGAGGUUGGCACCAGGGUCUUCUUCCAAGGAAUUAUUGGGAAAUAUGAGUCUUCGACAUUCCAGCAGUAUACGAAAAUGCCAGCUGCGUUGAUAUCCAAGACACCAUCCAAUAUCUCAGACGAUCAGGCCGCUGGCGUCCACCUGGGCACUGUAGCAGCUGUCACUGCUUUGUAUGACAAAUCUGGCUUUGGCCUGCCAGCCCCAUGGAGCGCAGGCGGUGACACUGUUGGUAAUGGCAAGGCAAUUACCAUAAUCGGUGGUAGCUCGUCUGUGGGCCAGUAUGCCAUCCAGCUCGCCAGGCUGUCCGGGUUCUCGCGAAUCGUCACAAACUCCAGCCCGGCCCAUGUGGAAUUUCUGAAGAAGCUCGGAGCACAUGUUGUACUGGAUCGGGCGACCGAGUCAACGCCUGAGCACUUUCACCAAUCACUUAGCGGCCUGCCGCUUCCUCUUGCCAUUGAUACAAUUGCUCACAAAACCACACUCUCAUUGGGUAUCAAAACACUACAAUUGGCCAAGACCCCGGGUGCGACCCUGGUCAGGAUCACUGCGGACCUGGAGGAUUUGCUUGCUAUUGUUGGAGGAAAGCACGGAGCCCUCAGCUCUGAGAUCACGGAGCUAGCAAAGCGUGGCCAUAGUGUAGAGCUCAAGGGGAUCGUAGGAAUCGGAAGCUCUCCUUCGUUAAGGCACCUGAGUGAGCCCAUGGCGGAUAAUCUCGGUGGCGAGGAUGGUUGGAUAGGUAAGGGACUAUUUGUGCCAAAUCGACCGAUCGUGGUGCCGGGUGGACUGUCGGCUCUUGAUGAGGCGCUUGAGAAGAACAAAAAGGGAGUUUCUGGACAGAAGGUUGUUAUCAAGCCAUUUGAAGGACUUUGA